UUCUAAAAUUAGUACAACUUCUCCAAAGGUAAACGAAAACCAUGCAAAAUUACCAAACCACCCUUACACAAUCUGUGAGCCAACGGUUUUCUCGAUCCCACAAACGCACUCAGAACCGUAGGAUUCCCCACAAGCUGCCACGUGGACCAAUCCAGCACUCUGUCGGAGGGUUGUGUGGUACGUAGAACCGGUCUUAUAGGGUGUGUGUAAGUUGGGAACCACUUGGAGCCUUUUACCGAUCCAUUCGGUAACAAGGGUCAAUGAGUAUAAACUGCUGGUGGGUUUAAGCACCCAUCCUUGGGGUUUUUCAUUUUGUUGGCAUUGUUCUUUGUUUUUUCAUAUUUUCAUCGGCGGUUUACCAAGCAUUUUGUCGGGAAGAUAAGGAUGGAUUAGAUAACGAAUUAGAGAUAAUGGAUUCGGGUUUUGGUUUGUGAAUUGUUGGGUGAUUUUGCGAUUGUUGUGAAGCGGGUUUCGUUCGGGAUUUGAAGGAAAUGUUUGGUGAAUUGUUGACGAAAUCUUUUUAGAGGUGUUUAAAGAUUCAUAAGAACAAUGACCAUGAUGUUUAAGUAGCCUUCUUGAUAUGAUCACUAAGAUAUGGUGUUGCAAAAGCGGUUAGAAUAUGGAUUUAACGGGUAUCAAGUGCCUCCAACGCCCCGGGCUGCCAGAUCAGCCACGAGGAGGGUUCCAUCUUGGAAGAAAACCGAAGACAGUAACAUUAUCAGUAACAACAAUAACAAUAACAAUAACAAUAACAAGCAAAUGUGUGCAUUUGAUUUACUGGCUACUGUAGCCGGAAAGUUAUUACAGGAAGGUGGUGAAAAAGAAACCGAAUCCGUUAAAGAUUCGACUAUUAAGAUUGAACAACCAAAUGUCGAAAACGACCCGUCACAUGUUAAUAAUAUUUGUGAUCAAGGAAGCUGCAAUAGGAGUUUUUUUGUGUCCGAAAUAAUCUCACAAGCACCUGCUAUUCAAGAUUCUAAUUCAGGACCUUCAUCAGGUAUUACCGUUUCCGAUUGCUCAGAGAAAUCAAAGGUUGACAAAGUCAAAGUCAAAGUACCGUUUACCGUCAAAGCAGACGAAAGGAAUAGUAAACCGAUAACAAACGAGGCACCAAAGCCAAAGCCUCCGGUAGUUCAUAAUAUAGAUAAUAACAAUAAUAAUAAUGUCAAGUUUCCAUUUUGCAAAGAUAAUGUAAAUUUAGUUAGAAAUAAUGAUGACGAUGAUGAUGAAAAAUUUUGUGGGGUCGCUCCGGAUCCUAAUAAAAACUUUAAGCAACCACCACGUAUUGGAGAUCGACGGAUCAGACGGUUCUUGGCAUCUAAAUACUGGAAAACCGGCCCAAAAUUGAAUGACGAUGUGAAUUGUGACGAUGAUGUUUAUAGUAACAAGAAAAGUUGCUUCAAACGACAAAGAUCGUUGAAGGAUUACCCUUUUAAAAAACGACGACUUUAUGAACUAGACAAUUUUUCGAAUUCUGAUGAUGUGGUUGAUAGUGAAGACAAACCUAGCCCGCCUCGAAAGGAUCCAAUCGAGAACGGAUUCAAUUUGGGUGUCAAACCUGAAGGAGGUAUGAAGACGUUGGGAUUACUAUCAAAGCAAAAUCCAGCUUUUCAGCCUCGGGAUUCACAUGUGAAACUGAAGAUCAAAUCGUUUCGGGUACCCGAGCUUUUCUUUGAGUUACCAAAAACUGCAACCAUUGGUUCACUAAAGAGGACUGUUAUGGAGGCUGUGACUUCAUUACUUAGUGGUGAUCUACAUGUUGGUGUGUUGCUUCAAGGGAAAAAAAUCAGAGAUGAUGACAAAACAUUGCUACAAACCGGCUUACAUAACAAGUUGGAUGCAUUAGGUUUCACCUUGGAACCUAACCAUUUGCAAAAUCAGUCGUCUUUAUGCCCUAAAGACCACUCUGUUCAACUCACUCCCGACAUGCCUAAGCCCUUAAUAAGGUAUACACCGGCACCAAAUGUAGGUAACAAGUUGGUGGUUCAACCAGAAGUAUCUCACGCCUCACCGGAUACACCCAUGGCAAAUUUUGGCGGUUCAGUUGAAAGUGAGCAUGACUCAGCACCGUCACCACCUGAUCUGUCUAUGGAUCACAAAAGUGGUCCGGACUCAAGGGCUUUGGUCAUGGUUCCGGCUAUGAACUCUAGGGCACUGGCUGCGGUUCCACUGAGGAAAUGCAAGCGGUCUGAGGUGGCACAAAGAAGAAUUCGUCGACCUUUUUCAGUUUCGGAAGUGGAAGCUUUGGUUCAAGCUGUUGAGAAGCUUGGAACCGGAAGAUGGCGUGACGUCAAACUACGAGCCUUUGAUAACGCAAAGCACCGCACUUAUGUCGAUUUGAAGGACAAGUGGAAAACACUAGUUCACACGGCAAGAAUAUCGCCACAACAAAGAAGAGGUGAGCCGGUGCCACAACAACUCCUAGACAGGGUCUUAGCCGCACACGCGUAUUGGUCACAUCACCAAGCCAAACAACAAUUCAAACAACCAUCACACCUCGAAACUAAUCGACUCGUUUAAAUAAAACAAAUUAAAAUUAUUUAUAAAAAAAGUAAAAUUAUUUGUCCCCCCUUAAUAUUGUUAUACCUGUAAUUAUCAAAACUUUUAGCACAACAACAAAAAGGGAGGAUGAAUAGUAAAGUGUUUUACCGGGUUGGCGCGACGCUUGUAAAUGGGUCAACCGAAUAAGAGCUAAUGUAGCUAACAGAUUCAUCAUGAAAACGCCAAUCUUUAUACUGGUGUUUUCUUGUUAAUGUUUCCGGAUUGUCUUUUUAUUUUGUGUAGUUAAAGAGAUAAUGGUAGGUUUGUUACUUUGUUUGUUUUAUAUUGUUGAAUAAGAUGGCCAAAGUAUGGGAGUUUUGAUGUA